CAGAAAUUUGAUCAAUUCAAAAUUAAACAGCGAAAUUUAAUUUUUAAUUACCACCGAGUUGUAAACUAUUUCGGAGAUAAAAUCAAAGAAGACAAAACUUAAUGGCGGCAAAUGGAACUAACAUUGUUCAAUUGGUUCAAUGACCAUCUGCUAAAUGUCAACCAUAACGUCAACAAAGUUGCAACUCUGAUUGUUUGACGUUUAAUUUUAGACAGUUCUUAAAGCGGCUCGACGUUACUGACAUCAGUUGUCAGAAACUAAACAUACCCAUUAUUUUAGGACUAAUAAGUAACUCAAUGUAAAAUUUAACUUCAGAAAAUUAAUUGAAAUAAUUGAAUGCCCCAACAAGUCGCAAAGAAAAUGUGGAACUAAUAUAGAAUUUUUGGUUUUUAAAGUUUAACAUAAAAUCAUAGUACAUAAAUUAUUCGAACCAUGGAACCAUCAGCAUGUGAAGAUUUGAAAGCAUUUGAGCGCAGGCUCACGGAAGUAGUAUCGUCUUAUGGGCCGACUACAUUGCGAUGGCGGGUAGUUCUUGCCACAAUUUCAAUGUGUACAGCUAUUGGAGCGUUUUAUUGGCUUAGGGAUCCCCGCACCUCAAUUGUGCCUCUAAUAGAAUCAUUGUUAUUGCAUCCAAUAUUUACGUUUGCCACCUUAAUGCUGGUUAUUCUCUUUGUUAUGGGCAUACAUAAACUAGUAUUUGCUCCUAAAAUUAUCACGACACGUAUGCGGACUGUACUUAGCGAUUUCAAUAUGAGUUGCGAUGACACGGGAAAAUUGAUUCUUAAACCGCGACCUAAUAAUAAUCUAGACGGCAGUAUUCGUUAGUUAAAAUACAUAUUGUUUAUAUCUACUAUAGAUUGGCGAUGUUGGCACCAAAUUAUAGUUUAAAUUAUAAUAUCUAUACUUUAUCCCGCUAUUGUAAAUUGGAUUGUUUAUUAAAGUGUUUCCGUUUUAGAUUAUUUUGUUUUAUAAUAAUUUGAUAAAUCAGUUAACUAAUGUAACUCGAUUUAAUUGAACCUGUACUCCUAAUAUAAAAUAUAUAAUUUGCGAACGCGUAUCUUUCGUUUAUUUAAUCGAUUUAUAAUAAAGUAAUCGAAUAGUUAAUGAAGUCUUCUAGAAUUUGACUUUUUAUAAAUAUAUGUAUGUAAAUAAUGGUAUAUAAUGCGAGUGAAAUACGCAAAAUAUAUUUACUCAAAUUAAGCAAGAAAAAAGUUCAGUUAUAGUUUAAUUAUGCAUCUAU